UGGGUUUAGGAUCCGAUUUCACCCAUUCAUGAUUCACCCAAAUUCUAACGGUUCUGUGGUUUCUGUUUACUCCCACUACUAAUUCACUAUCGAAACCCUAACUAACUAGAGCUCAUCAAUGGAGCUACUAUCAUCCCCAUCAUUCAGUUCAUAUUGCUCCUUCACAUAUACACUCUCAGCCUCAACUUCCAAACAAUCUUCUCCCUCUUUCAUCACAAUCUCAAACCCAACAACUCAUUUCUCCUCUGGUCUUAAGUUGACUGCAGAAAGACUGCAACAAUCAAACUUUACACUUAAAGCUGUUGUUGGUGACACAACAGCUGUACCAAACGAUUCUACUGCAGAUCACGAGUCGGUUCAUGAACAAACCGACCCAAGAGCUAAUCCGGAAACUUGUGAUGAUUCGGGUGACCCUAAAAUGGAUAGAAUAUGUGACAAAUUGAUUGAUGUUUUCAUGGUUGACAAACCUAAUCCUAUUGAUUGGAGACGAUUAAUAGCUUUUAGCAAAGAGUGGGAUACGAUUCGACCUCAUUUCUUUGACAGGUGUCGAAAUCGGGCGGAUAAGGAAGAUGACCCUGGAAUGAAACAUAAGUUAUUAAGACUUGGAAGAAAGUUGAAAGAGGUAGACGAAGACGUACAAAGACACAAUGAACUUCUUCAAAUCGUCAAAAACGCCCCUUCUGAAAUUGGUGAUAUAGUUGCCAGGCAACGCAAAGAUUUCACAAAAGAAUUCUUUAUGCAUCUUCACGCUGUCGCAGAAUCUUAUCACGAUAAUGAGGUCGAACAAAAUGCAAUUGCGAAAAUUGGCAACACAUGCUUGGCUGCUGUACAAGCGUAUGAUACUGCAACCGAAAGCAUUGAAGCAAUUAAUGCUGCAGAAUUAAAAUUUCAGGAUAUUAUCAAUUCUCCGUCUGUCGAUGCUGCUUGUAGGAAAAUCGAUAAUUUGGCUGAAAAAAAUCAAUUAGAUUCCGCACUGGUUUUAAUGAUUACUAAAGCUUGGUCAGCUGCAAAGGAGACGGAUAUGAUGAAAGACGAGGUGAAAGAUAUAUUGUAUCAUUUGUACAUGACAGCAAGAGGGAAUCUUCAAAGGCUUAUGCCGAAAGAGGUUCGGAUUGUCAAGUAUCUUCUUACUAUUGAAGAUCCUGAAAGGUUGUUAUCCGCGCUAAAUGACGCUUUUACCCCUGGUGACGAGCUUGAAGGAAAGGAUUUCGAUAAUUUAUAUACGACACCGGAGAAGCUGCAUACGUGGAUCAAAGCGGUGGUGAAUGCUUACCAUUUUAGCAGAGAAGGAACAUUGAUAAAGGAAGCGCGAGAUCUUAUGAACCCUACAAUCAUCCAAAAAAUGGAAGAAAUCGAGAAAGUAAUUCGAGAUAAGUUCAUGUAAACAUUCAUCAAAGCUGAAGUCUAGUUUUAUUAUCUUUCUAAUGUUGACUCUUGAGAAAAGCUAAUUUUGUAGAAGAAAAUAUAGUUUCGACCCUGAAUAACAACAUUCGUUCCCAAUAGAAGUCUUCAUGUUUGAUCA